AUGAACACUUCAAACACAGUACAGUUUGACACUGUAUUAAACAUGAGGGAUGAAUCUAAAUAUGGUGUGUUAUAUGUGAAUCUCUCCCUCUCAGGUGGACUUUUCUGGCCUUGGAACAACAUCAUGGAGCAUCCUGAUGCUGAGUGGCCUGAGAAGAUCAUUCAGAAUCCUCCACCAGCCACUGCUGAUGAAGAAGAGGAGGAAGAGAUUAAUGUUGUGGGUCUGGAUGAUGAGGAGGAGCUUCAGGUACCUGAGCCUCGCAGACCUGAUGAAGGAGGUGAGAGGGAUUAUGGUGCUCAAAAGUUUACAGGAGUGGAGCCGACAGAGACUAAAUGAGCAUGAUGAUGUGUUUGAUCUGCUCACAUUUUUGAGAAUUAUAUUUUUCUGUUACAUGAUCUUCUAAUUAGUAGUAGAGUCACUUUAUUUGUCUCUAAACACGUCCUGCUUUCUUUAAAACAGAAGAGGAGAUUGACGUUGCUGUUCUGGACCACCAGGAGGUGCGGCAGAUGGCCAAGCCUCAGAGAGAUGAUGGAGGCGCUGAAUCUUCUCUCAGGUUUGAGCGACCUGAUGGCGGAGGAGGAGAGGAGUGGGAGGAGGAGCUGAAUGAUGCUCUCUCUCCUCCUCAGUUGCAGGAGGGUCCAGCCUAUGCUCCUGCUUAUGCUGCUCCACCUGCUUACCCUGCUCCAGCUUUUGCUCCUGCUGCUGCUCCUUAUGCUUACCAUUUAUGAUCCCCCUGAUGAUGCUUCUGCUGCUCAACCUCUGGCUGCUGAUCCUGAUGAAAUUUCUGAGUUUCAGAUCCCUCAGCUGGAGCCUGAGACCCUUGGAUCCCUGACCUCAGAGGAGUGUGUAGAACUCUUCAGCAGCGAUGGCCUUAAGGAAGAAGACCCUACAUUCCCCUUUACAUCCCCACGCAUGUAG